AAAAUCACUGGCUUGGCAAUGCCCCUCUUCUGUCUCUUCUUCGCAGCCGACAACACAAACCAAACUGCGAAGUAGGAGGAAGAGAGACAGCCGCCCAACCCAGCUCCUGCAAUUUCGUUCGUCUACUCGGCCGAUUCUCUUUCUACCUCAGUCCUCCGACCACUUAUCGCCAUAUAGCAGUCCUUGACAUUGGACAACCCAACAGAAGAACAGAAAGCGAAGGACCCUUAGCUAUAUGGGCGUGGAAAUGGCUUAUCAAUAUAACGGAGAGUUUCAAGAAAUGGAGGAUGUCAAUUUCAGUGAUUCUGAGCUGGUUUGUCAUGUCAGAGAUGCUCUUAUCUCUGUGCAAACGGGAGACAGUGACAGUUAUCAUCAGCUUGUUGGUGUCAUGCAUCAUUCAGAACGCCUUGCCCCUGAUGAGGUGGCCCUUCUUGUGACAAGUCUAAAGGCGUUAUCUGGGGCAGUUUCUUAUAUUGACAAUGUUCAUCAUGAUUCCCUUCUUAAUUCUAUUUUUGGAAUGAGCUUGUGGAAGUAUGGACCUGAUGUGAUGGAUGCUUUGCUUGAGCUGAUUAUUGCCUUGGCUGCUUCAAACGGAAAAUAUGUUGAUUCAUGCUUGGAUAUGCUUGUAAGCAAUUUCAUGCCACCAAUGUAUUUAGUAUAUACACUAAAGCAGCCGCGUGGUCAGGCCAAAAAGGAACAAGUUCUUUCCCGGGUACAUACAGCUUUGGAAGAUAUUGUUGACUUGAUACCUAUGGCAGCCUCAAGAUUAUCAUCAGUAGUUGUGCACAGGAUGCCAACAACCUUUAAGAAGGAUCUCGAGAAGGAUCAUCUGAUGUAUCGAACUGAGAUCUAUGUGGAGAACAUUUUAAGAUUAGAGAGUGGUGCAAUCAGAGAAUUUGUUGGAAGCAGGAUGCUUAUGGCUGUGGUUGAUUUGCUGACUGAGUUGGAUGUUGCUAUUGGUUGGGAUGACAUUCUACGAGAUGACUCUUGUAAAGGCAUUUUUGCAAUUGAGCUAGAAGAUGCAGAUGAGGUUGAUGAUGAUGAGAAUGAUUAUGGCGAGCUUCCAAGAACUUUAAAUCAUAAGAGUUUAGGUAAAAACAUUGUUGCUGAUCUAUUAGAUAGCUUGAUGGUGCUAACUUUUGAGCAUCUUGAAUCGUGUGCAAACAAUAAACGUUUGGGUGAGGUGUUUGAAACUCUUCUGGAUUCCUUCAUGCUAACUAUUCUAAACACAUAUAAAUCAAAGUUUGCUCAGUUUGUCAUGUUCUAUGCCUGUGCUCUGGAUCCUGAAAAAUGUGGUGUGAAAUUUGCCAAAACACUUGCAGAUAGGUUUAGCUGCAGUGACAAUCCAGUUACCAGGAUGAGUGCUGUGGCUUAUCUUGCUAGUUACUUGGCUCGUGCAAAGUUUUUGUCUCCUGCUUUUGUUGCUAGCACAUUGAAAAGGCUGGUGGACUGGUGUUUAGAAUAUUGUGAAACUCAGGGUAGUGACAUGAACCCAAAAGCACAUCGAGUUUUCUACUCUGGAUGUCAGGCCAUAAUGUAUGUGCUCUGCUUUCGUAUGAAGUCGCUUAUGGAUGUUCCUAGGUUCAAAUCUCAGCUUCUGCUCAUGCCUCUAGAGCCUGUUUUGAAGCAUAAAUUGGAUCCUCUUAAGGUUUGCCUGCCAUCCAUAGUAGAAGAGUUUCUCAAACAGGCAAAAGCUGCUUAUUUGUUCACCACAUCUGAAACAUUCAUUUUUGAAGAUAUGUUAGAAUCGGAUUUUUCUAAGGACUUUGGUGGACUGGAGAGACUGGACAUGUUCUUCCCAUUUGACCCAUGUUUGCUGAAAAAAAGUGACAGAGGUUACAUACGGCCAAAUUUCGUGUACUGGAAGCAUGUCAGAACUACUUAUGGUAGUGAUGAGGACGAUAGCAGCGAUGCAGAUAUUGCUGAGGAUUUUGUUGCAGAGAAUGGGGAGAGUUCCAUGGAAGAAGGAAGGACAGGAAGUUUAGAUGAGCAAUAUCUUGAGCUUGAUGAAUUUGACCAUGCAAUGAACAAGAUGUCAAUCACUCCUAAGAAUGGGUUCACUUAUAGAUUUGGAGGUGAACAAAUGAAAAUGCCCUCAAGAAUAAGACCCUCUACGACUCCUGAAUCUUUGUGAUGCCCAAGUUUAGAUGGUAGAGACCAUUCUUCAUGCUAACAAUAUUCUGCUGAUAUGUUUUUGGGCUUUAACAAAUCUGGCUUUCACUAGUUGAUUCAUCGUACGGUAUAUGGUUCAACUUUUGCUUCGAAGCUGUUGUAUAUUGAGUUGGGUUGUAGUUUGCACAUUUACCAUUUAGGAAUUUCAGAUUUCCAACUUCAGUGAAUCUAAUUUCUAAACUAACAUGAUAAAUCAAAGGUGUAUAUUACAUUGA